UGCUUACCUACUGCUACCGCCGCGCCGCGCACUGGCCGAGCUGUUGCUCAGUCCUACUGCUCUGCUGCGUGUGUGUACUCGCAGACGUCAAAGCUGCCGCCUCCGCGAUAUAUACGGACUGCGAUACAACAUAGUGUUAGCUCGUCUACGGGGAGAACAGUGUGAUUUUGCAUCGGUGAACCGGAAUAAAGUGUAUAUAUAUAUAUAUAUAUAUAUAUAUAUCUCUCUCUCUCGCGGGCGUUGUCGCAGCAUCGGCAACAACAAGAAGCCGCCGUCGCCGCGGAGCAGUAGCCAUCGACGGCUAGCAGGAAGCAUUCCGAUGUGCGGCGCGCCGCGACGGCCACCUUUCUCCCAGACAGUAGCCGUAGUUGUAGUAACGAUAGACCUAGUCCAGCGCCUGCUGGAAGAAGGAAAAUCCUUCCCUCCUGCUGCUGCAUCGAGCUGACGCCGCUUCGAAGAUAAAGAGAGAGAGAGAGAAAGAUAGAGGAUAUAGAGGGAGAGAAAUUUAGCGGCCUUUUUUGCGCAUUUCCACGCUGACGGCGUCUGCGCGCUACGACGAGUUUGACAAAGGAUUUCGCGCACGCACACACUUGCGCGCGCGCGUGUGUGUGUGUUCGCGCGCGGCUGCUGCUGCUGCUGCUGUCGUCUACAUCGCAGCGAAAGAGAGGAUCGGUGUUUCUCGCGCUGUAGGAGAAGGUGCACGAGGUGGAAGUUGAGGAAGAGGAGAAGAGAGUUCGCGAGCUGAGGAGAGUAUAGCGGAGAGAGGAGGCAGUAGCUCGUACAAAUGUCGCAACCUAGCCGGCAAUGCAGAGAGCAACAAGUGGACAACGGAGGCUUUCACCUCACUUGGCGUCCACCGGCCGAGCAGUUUUCCUACAACAUGGGAAGGGACAGUCCAGGAGCUCUGCUGGACAUGCUGGCGGAGGUGGCCUCGCAGACACUGCACUCCGAGAAGAAGCUCAGCGAGCUCGAGAUGGAUGUGAAGCCUGUGGUCGCGAAGCCACCAAAAGAACCUAAGCGCAAGAGUCAACAGGUCACUUUUAACGUUGGACAACUGCUGACUAUGCCUGCCACUCAGCUGGUCAAGCUCUUUUCCGUGUUUAGCAGCGACGAACUCAAAAGGCAGUAUUCGUACUCUUGUGCGCUGAUUCCCGGAUGUGUCCAAAACUAUACCAGCUUUGCCAGCGAGGGCAGGGCUAGAAUGUCCAUUAAGUCGCAUCUUGCCGAACACUUGGAGUUUCUGAAGAAUAACGCAGAGAGUUAUGCCUCGUUUACAGCGACAGCUGUUAAAUAUGCCAAACCAAAAUCAACUGUACAAAAUAAGAAGGCUAAAAUUCAGCAGACUAAGAAACCCCAUAAGGAAACCCUAAAUAAAGAAAACAAAGAUACUAAAGUAGGAAAGUCAACAAAUUACUUGCGUAAGAUUUUAUCGAAUGAUGUUAAUUUAAAGGAGUUUGAAAGCAACGCUGGUCAGGACAGAGUCAACGAGCUCCGAGAGACGCUUGUUCAGGAAAUAAAGAAGGAAGCUUCGGAUGUCAAGGUCUUGGGAGAUCACAGUUAUUAUGAACAAGUAAAAGAGGACAACGCGAACGAAGAAUCCACGUCUAAUUCAAACAAAGUACCUGUAAAUUCACCAACUAAUGAGAAUAUCAUGUUAAUGGUGGUCGAGAGUAAUGGCGUUUGUGUAAAGGAUCCCCUGUCCAACACGGAGAACACAACCAAAAUUACAGAUGCAGAGGAAAACGAAGUAGAAAGUAUGACGCUGUGGAAAGAGGAUACGUACACUGCCCCGGAUGCUUUCGUGCCUGCAAAGCCAAAAGGAAAAGCGAAAUUCAUAGGCACGAGCAAAGAAGAGAGAGAAAUGGCUCUCAUACUGAUCGAAAAAAUUCGGAAAAAGGGAAAUCCAACAGGAAAUAAUUUACAGUGUCGUAUUUGUGAUCCACCCCGUAGUUUUACCGCUCCUACGACUUUGGUAUCGCACUAUCGUAGUCACGCCGGAAUCAAACCGUACGAAUGUCGAAUCUGCAGAGCUGUUUUCACACGGCGGCACAGUCUUAAGUACCACAUGUUAAUACACCAAAAUCAAACUCGUUUCACUUGCGCCGAUUGCGGAAAGAAAUUCCGACACCCGUCACAUUUCCGAGAGCAUCGUAGAAGACAUACCGGAGAAGCGCCUUUUGGUUGCGAAGACUGUGGACAAAGAUUCAAAACGAGAAACACUUACAAGCGUCACUUGAAAACUCGUCAUGGCAAAGUCCUCACGAUAACCGGAGAACUGCUUCAUCUCUCGGAGGAGGAUUCGAAGAAAGUAAGAACCAAGAACCGCCGAAAAAAGCAAGACGUUUCCGAAAGCAUGAUUAGCGAAACUGCAGCAGCCACAGAAUCCGUAUUACCUCACGCGCGGAAUGAUGAGUACUGGGACGAGCAGCAGAUCUGCAAUGAAGAUGGACAAAACGGCGUUCAGCAGGCCAUCGACAAUGCCAUAUGGAUGUAUCGAAAUCAGCCUGGCGCAGCUUCCGAGAAAAACUACAGCGAAAUUAAAAGCAAACCAACGACCAACAAGACUGAUUAUAACGAGACUGAAAUAGAAAAUAGUUUUGAAAACAAUGAAGUAGUCAUCGCACAAACCGACUCCAAUGGCGCACUGCAUUUCGAGAAUUACAACUAUGCACAAGACGAGGUCUACACAGACAGCAACGGAAUUCAAUUUUCUUGCGAGGAGAACGUUUGCACGGAAAUCACAGACAAUGCCAAACCGUACGAGAAUCAGGGGGAAACCGUCGUCGAGUAUCAGGAGUGUCCUGACAACUUUACUGAAGCAAUGAAUAAUCCUAUUUUUACGGCAAAGCAAGAACCCGAGGACGGCGUCUUUGUACUCGACAAUGAGGAAAUUAUAUCUAGCGACGUAGUACAGAGCUCGGAGUUGAAGGAACUACUUUCUACCUCUAAUUCCACCCAAACGGAAGAAGCAAUGCAGACGGAAUCGACCAAUUCCGAUGAGCAAACACUUAAAAUAAUACCCUGUCAAGUCAAGGUCUGCGACAACAACGGCACGGCGACGCUGCAAUUGCUCAAGAACAGCAAAAUCGCUCUUCUUGGAAAUAAAGCACAGAGCAUCAAUCUAAUACAAAAUGGAAAGCAGCACACUAUUUUACUCUUGGCUAGUGGUGACAACAAUCUCUUAGAAAUAGAUAAUGGAGUUAUCGAGGGAUCAAAGUCACUGCCUGUAAUUGCUGUUCCAGCUGAAUAAGUUAGCGUUACAGUAAAGUUUUUUAAUAUUCAGCAUUGAUCUACUACAAAACUUACAGAUAAUUUUGAAAGAUAUCUUUGUCCACUUUAAUCAAAAUGUAUUUAUAAAAUUCUAUAAGUUUUCUACGAGAUGCGAUUGAUUCACGGUACUUCAAAAAGUCUGUCGAAUAACACUGACAUAAUUUCCAUUUUCAGUUCGUUAAAUAUUUACCUUAUUCACGUAGUUUUUUUUUAUAUUUUCGAUUAUUUAUAAAUACAAAUUUUGCUCAGUUUGUAAUGUUUCAUUUUAAAGGCUCAAAUUUGUCUUCCAAUUCCAGAAGCCUGGAAAGAAAUAAGUUGAUUUGGCAUUGACGCCUGUUUUUCAUGCUUUAUAUUUAAAUUUCUUUUAAAAAUUGUUGAUAAAAAUAACAGUAUAAACUAAGUAACUAUACUAUGUUACAAAAAAAUUACUAAAAAAAAACAUGUAUAUAAACUCGAGAUUACUUGGUCGAUUGCCAAAUAUUCAAGCAACGAAUUCGAAAAUUAAUUUUCGUAAUACAUUGUACGCCUCAAAGCUAUCGAAAGGUUUUCAAGUCAUUUUUCUACUUUACCAUUGCGCUCAAUUUCAUUCCUAAAAGCGAUUUUAAUCGCGAAAAAUUUUCAAAUGCUUUACGAUAAACAAAACGUGCCUUAUUCUAACAAGAAGCAAUUGUGAAACCAGUUUGGUAAUAGUUACAGCAUUCUUGAUAUAAAAUUAAACAAUGUAAGAAUACAUUUAUGUAAGUCACUUAUGCAUUAAUAAUUAAGAAACCGUAGGAUAUCGUACUCUGCAUACAUGUAUCGAUUUAUAGCUUUUUAUUAUAAAAAGUGUAUGUAGUCUGUAUUUUUAUACAUAUUUUGUACUUAUAUCUAUAAAUCUAAAAAAUUACAAAA